AUGCAAAAAUGGGUGCUGAGAACGCAAGCAAGCAACAACUGCGCUGCCGCCUGCGGCCACGGCCACACGGUCUGCGUCACCGGCGCCGGUGGGUUCAUCGCCUCGUGGCUUGUCAAGCUCCUCCUCGAGAAAGGCUACACCGUGCGCGGCACCGUCCGGAACCCAGAUGAUGACGAGAAGAACGCACACCUCAGAUCGCUGGAUGGAGCAGCAGAGCAGCUGACGCUGGUGCGCGCGGAUCUCCUGGACAUGGAGAGCCUCGCCGCCGCGUUCAGAGGCUGCCAAGGCGUCUUCCACGCCGCCUCCCCUGUUACUGACGACCCCGAGAAAAUGAUCGAGCCGGCGGUGGAAGGGACAAAGAAUGUGAUCCAUGCUGCUGCCGAUGUCGGCGGCGUCCGCCGUGUAGUGUUCACCUCGUCCAUCGGCACCGUGUACAUGGGCUCUCACCACGCUCCCGGAGCGGAGGUGGACGAGACAUGCUGGAGCGACCUCGACUACUGCAGGAACACCAAGAACUGGUACUGCUAUGCGAAGACAGUGGCGGAGCAGGUGGCCUGGGAGCUCGCCGAGCAGCGGCAGCUGGACCUCGUCGUGGUGAACCCGUCGCUGGUGCUCGGCCCGCUGCUGCAGCCUUCAGUGAACGCCAGCAGCUGUCACAUCCUCAAGUACCUCGAUGGCUCCGUGAAGACGUACGCGGACGCCGUGCAGGCGUACGUGCACGUCCGCGACGUCCGCGACGCGUGGGUGUACGAGGAGCCCAGUGCUUGCGGCCAGUACCUUUGUGCGGGGCACGUGCUGCACCGCGGCGAGGUGUGCCGCAUCCUUGCCAAGAUGUUCCCGGAGUACCCGGUUCCUACCGAGUGCAAGGGCGGGGCGGGGGAGACGAAGAAAGGGUGCCGGUUCAGCAGCCGGCGGCUGGCCGAGCUCGGCGUCGGGGUCGCGCCGGCAAGCCUCUGCCUGCACGAUACUGUGAACAGCCUCCAGGUCAAGGGCCUGCUGCCACGUCGCACAACCGCUGUAGCGGAUCCUCCUGUCAUCUCAUGA